UGAGAAGAAGCAGGCAAAUCCUUCUCCAUGCAUCACAGUUGAUCCAAUUCCAUCUCUUCCUCCUGUUGUAGUCCCUCAAGAUCAUGGGGGAGAUAUGCAUGAUCAUACAGUUGAGUCCCCUGCAGAUGACCAUCAUGAUGAUGGUGGUGAUGGUGUUCCAGAGUCACAACCACACUCACACUCAGAGCCGCCUCGAGCACCUCAGUUGAGAAGAUCCACCAGAGUCAGAAAACCUUCCACGAGACUUUCGGAGGAUGAUUUUGUGUUAGUCACUGAUGGAGGAGAGCCAGAGACAUAUGAUGAGGCUAUGUCACAUGUGCACCGCGAGAAGUGGUGGUUUUCUUGCUGCGUUUUCAGACCUGCGUUUUUGGGAGUUUUUACUCCAUUUUAUGGUGAAUUGUUGAUUGUUGUUUGUUCCAAGGUUGCUCCUUGAUGAUUGUGUAUGCCUCUAGUGUUUACUAGAGAGGAGAACUUGUUGUACCCACUUGAUUCUUGGUGAUUAGUGGAAGUUUGGGAGCCGUUGUUGAGCGGCCGUGGUUUUCUCCCUGAUUUGGGGUUUCCACGUAAAUCGUGUGUCAUCUAUUUUAUUAUCGCUGCCAUUUAUUUGUGUGUGUGCUGCUGAUUUUUCAGAGUUCAUUGUGCUUGUUAUUCAUCUCAUUAAUUUGGGGAAAAGAUUUUAUACGCUUCCGUUGUGUUUUAUUUCGUGCUUCCCCAACAUUGUUGACUCACCCAAGCUACAAAAAGGGCAAUAAUCCAUAUAUCCAACGAAAGAAAUUCUCAAGUUUCUU